GAAAAACAAAGAAACAAAAACAAACUUAUCAAAAUUUUUGGAGUAUGGAGAUUGUUCUAAAAUAAAGGAAUGGAACGGAACCUUAACAUUCCGGUGGCGUCGGCAGCCUCUGUGGUAUGUGUUAUCGACCCAUCAACGACCGUUUCCUUCUCCGUAUCAUGGACGUGUCGUACCACGAGCACUGCGUCCAGUGCUGCACUUGCGGCGAUCGCCUGCACCACACCUGUUUUGUCCGGGACUCGAAGCUGUAUUGUCGGCUAGACUACGACAGGUUGUUCAUAAAAAAAUGCCUGGGAUGCUCCGAAAGGGUAUCUCCCGAGGAGCUGGUAAUGCGAGCCAGCGAGAGUAUCUUCCACCUAAGGUGUUUCGUCUGCGUGGUCUGCGGGAUCAGACUGCAAAAAGGCGACCUAUACGUCAUAAAGCAAGGUCAGUUAUUCUGCCGGGUGGACUACGAGAAAGAGGUGGAAAUGAUGCAAGGUUUUGGAUACGGUACGUUAUUUGUAUGAGUGAAGUGGAGUUCCUGGAAAAUUAAAUGAAUUUCAGGCGAAUUUAUCUGCGACGACCUGCUGCAAACGAGCAGGUCCCACGACGGACGUAGAGGACCGAAGCGGCCCAGGACGAUACUGACCACUCAGCAGCGUCGUGCCUUCAAAGCGUCCUUUGAAGUCAGCCCGAAACCUUGCAGGAAAGUACGGGAAGCGUUGGCCAAAGAUACCGGAUUAAGCGUCAGGAUAGUUCAAGUUUGGUUUCAAAAUCAACGCGCGAAAAUGAAGAAAAUGCAAAAGAAAGCGAGGCAGGAUAACAAAGGGGGCAAGGACCCGGAAAACGAUGAAAAGAAAUUAAAUGUCAAAGAGGAGGAGCCGAGUCCGCAUUCGACGCCGUUUUUCAACGACAGCUGCAGCGAUACCGAGACGACCGUCGGCGACGACGCCGCGAUGCAAAACCCGGAAACCUCCGGUUUCCUCCGCAUUAAGGAAGAACUGGAAAACGACAACCCUUACGUGAAAAGCAACAACAACAUACCCCUGCAUUCGUUCGCCGCUCUCGACCUGAAACGAAGGGACGAUAGCUAUAUCGGAUUAUCUUUUACGUCCGCCAUCGAAUCGAAUCAGUCCUCGAUGUUCCUGCAACCUCCGGCGGCUCAUCAGAACGCGCCACAUUCGCAGCCCGGUCUGAACCCCAUCGACCGCCUGUAUUCGAUGCAAAACUCGUACUUUUGCGGUGAGGAUCAGGUGGAACCCUGA